AUGACUCCGCAAGAACGCAACGUUCGGGUCAGGCGUCCAUUGCUGGAAGUUCCUACAUUUGCUGGGAACUACAUGGAGUUCAAUACGUUCUGGUCCGUUUUCGAAUCGCUAAUACACAGCGACGACGAUUUGAGCGACCAAGAGAAGUUCUUAUUUUUGAAGCAGGCUCUGAAGGGAAAAGCGGCCGCUUCAAUUAGCAGUGUCCCAGUACUGGGAGAAAAGUAUGCCGUUGCCGUCAACAUACUGAAGAAACAUUAUGACAAGUCUUCAAGCAUCGCAGACAUUUUGAUUAAUGAAAUAGAACGUUUGCCGCGAGCUCAAGGAAAUCCGAGGAGUUGCCGUGAAACUCUCGCUGCAAUUUCUUCUCGCAUCACACACCUGGAGCAAACGGGACUACAAAUGAAUGCAGAUCGAAUGUGGAGACGCCUUAUCCUGUCCAAAUUUACGGAAUCGAUCUGUGGCAAAGUGAUAAGGAAGGAAAACGACACUGGAAACUCUCUCAGCGUAAAUGAAAUUAUGGAAACCAUUGAUGAAAUAAUCACACUACAGGAGACAACAGAACUCACAACAAGAACAUUAUUUCGAUCCGAUCGAGCCGAACAAAGGCCAAAUUACCGAGGCCAGCAGGAAGAGUCCUCUAACACCAGACCAGCCUUUGUUCAAAGGACGCAGCCAUCAUGCCUCUGUGGAGGAACGCAUCCCCCACAACAGUGCUACAAGUUCGCAUCACCAGAGGAGCGUCGGGCAGAAGCUAGACGUCAAAAAGUGUGCUGGAAAUGUUUUGACAGAAGCCAUGGAUCAAAAUUCUGCACUUCAAUGGGACAGUGCCCGAAGUGCAAUGAGGAUCACCACUCUUCACUGUGCACUGCUUCUGAAAGCAGACGUGUCUCAACGAAUUCAAUUGCCAGGCGACAAAACGCGUCACCAACUUCAACUCAACAUGUGAUAUCAACGGUCUCCUUCUCGAAGCAAGCUUCCCGCUCAAGACCAGAAGGACCACGCAUUUCACAAGAGGGCACUAACCAAGCAUGGAAGGCAAACAAAUCACAAACAAAAUGUGCAGCUCUCCCUAAGAACACUGUUAGUGACUCAGAACAAGUGACAACCGAUCAGUGCGUGUUGCAAGUGGCAUCUGUACUAAUCUUCAGUGAAGCUGAGAUGGACUAUGAACCAAUCAAUAUCCUACUCGACUCAGGAGCGCAGCGAAGUUUCAUAAGAACGGAGGCCAAAAGCCAUUUACAGCUCCCAACACUAUGUUCUACAAAGCUAACCACUAUAGGAAUGGGAGAACUACGAGAGACGUUUAACACAGAAGAAGUUAGAAUAACUCUGAAAGGUCUCCAUAGCUCCAAAAAAUUGAUGAGGCAAUCGGUUCAUACCAAGCAGAAAUUGACUACAACGACACGGACUGCAGAGCUCUCAUACGCUGACAAGAGAUUCAUCAGCGAAUGCAAUAUCUCAAUUGCUCAGCAGACCCUGAAGUCAUCCGAAGUUACACCUGCUAUCAUAAUAGGGCAGGAUCUACUCAACCAAGUCGUUCGUUAUGACAUACCAGUGAAGAUUCUGCCAUCUGGAUUAAUACUGACUCCCACGAUAUUUGGAUACACAAUAUCCGGUACAAGCAAAAUCAGCUCAACAAAAGCUAAGGACAGCUUUAUAUGCACAUCCCAAUUCAAUGUUGUGCCAAGUUCGAACGUAACCGAAAAACUAAAAAGGAACGCUACAGAUUCUUGCAAGAUAAAAACAUUGUCACACACAAUCCCAGGCUGCAGUGAAACAGCUCUUCACCGUGAACGCCUAAAAUGUCGACCAUCAAGAAGCAAGCGCCGAAAAGAAGCAAUAGAAGUGAAAGAUAUAUGGAAACGACGCGACCUGUUAGACAACUCAUUCAACUUUGUCGUGCGAGGACCGUUCUCACUACAGCACCGUAUCAGAAAUAAAGUAAGACACCACGGCCACAACCACUUUGACAACUCCGAAAGCGACUGCAGAUACCGAGGUAUCCCGCGAAGAGAGCCUACGUGGACAUUAGUGAACAAUUAUCCACCUAUCGAUCGUCUCACUAGUCAAGCUGAAACGUUUUCCAUAUGUGAUGCUAUUAUUUGA